AUGAAGGCUGUGAGAAGUGUGUUGCAGACGUUGGCGCAGCUCGUGACAGAGAAGCCCGCUUCAGGGUAUAGUCGUGUUUGCCGAGAUUCGCAAUUGCUUGUGCGACAGCUGAAUGUAGUGGCAGCCAUUUCUCAUGAUGUGCUGUUUCUGUGCCCUUCUCACCGGCUUGGUCCUGGUUUGAUCUCAGUGGGUGAAGUGGAAUCUAGCUUUGUCAGAUGCUUGGUGGCCUUCAAUGGUGUGCAGCUCGCCGACGACGAAGCUCUGCAGCAAGACCUCACAUCAUCCUCGGCCAUGCGUGCCAUGCGCUCUGUCGAUUGCCUAUAUUGUCUGCUACCACCACUGCAGGUGAGCCGAGGCGGGCCAAGCUGCGGAGUGCUGGCCUGCAUCGGCGGUGGCUUGGAUGCUACCGGAGAGGUGCAUUUCGUGGUCCUUUCCCACACUUCAGAUGCUGGCGAAUGGAGCGUGCUGUGGCACGUACCUGUGGAAGCGCAUCGUGCGGAAGGAGUCAAGACCAUUCUGCUCCAGAUUUAUCAGUUCAAUGCCCCACAAACUUUGACCUCCGAUCAGACAUGGACUCCCAUGAAACGACUUGCGAGCGUCAUGGAGCAAGCGCCGGAAGAAACGCCAGUUGCUGAAGAUGCCGCGUGA